AUGACAGGAGCCGGGGAGCCGAGGAGGGAGGAGCCGCCGCCGCAGCCGAGCGCUGGGCUGAGGAGCAGAGAGAGCGGGGCGCGGAGUGCGGGCGGCUGGGAGCGCGCUGAGCGGGGGAGAGGCGCUGCCGCACGGCCGGCCACAGGACCACCUCCCCGGAGAAUAGGGCCUCUUUAUGGCAUGUGGCUGGUAACUUUCCUCCUGCUCCUGGACUCUUUACACAAAGCCCGCCCUGAAGAUGUCGGCACCAGCCUCUACUUUGUAAAUGACUCCUUGCAGCAGGUGACCUUUUCCAGCUCCGUGGGGGUGGUGGUGCCCUGCCCGGCCGCGGGCUCCCCCAGCGCGGCCCUUCGAUGGUACCUGGCCACGGGGGACGACAUCUACGACGUGCCGCACAUCCGGCACGUGCACGCCAACGGGACGCUGCAGCUCUACCCUUUCUCCCCCUCCGCCUUCAAUAGCUUUAUCCACGACAAUGACUACUUCUGCACCGCGGAGAACGCUGCCGGCAAGAUCCGGAGCCCCAACAUCCGCGUCAAAGCAGUUUUCAGGGAACCCUACACCGUCCGGGUGGAGGAUCAAAGGUCAAUGCGUGGCAACGUGGCCGUCUUCAAGUGCCUCAUCCCCUCUUCAGUGCAGGAAUACGUUAGCGUUGUGUCUUGGGAGAAAGACACAGUCUCCAUCAUCCCAGAAAACAGGUUUUUUAUUACCUACCAUGGCGGGCUGUACAUCUCUGACGUACAGAAGGAGGAUGCCCUCUCUACCUAUCGCUGCAUCACCAAGCACAAGUACAGCGGGGAGACCCGGCAGAGCAAUGGGGCACGUCUCUCCGUGACAGACCCUGCCGAGUCGAUCCCCACCAUCCUGGAUGGCUUCCACUCCCGGGAAGUGUGGGCCGGCCACACUGUGGAGCUGCCCUGCACCGCCUCGGGCUACCCUAUCCCCGCCAUCCGCUGGCUCAAGGAUGGCCGGCCCCUCCCGGCUGACAGCCGCUGGACCAAGCGCAUCACGGGGCUGACCAUCAGCGACUUGCGGACCGAGGACAGCGGCACCUACAUUUGUGAGGUCACCAACACCUUCGGUUCGGCAGAGGCCACAGGCAUCCUCACGGUCAUUGAUCCCCUUCAUGUGACCCUGACACCAAAGAAGCUGAAGACCGGCAUUGGCAGCACGGUCAUCCUCUCCUGUGCCCUGACGGGCUCCCCGGAGUUCACCAUCCGCUGGUAUCGCAACACAGAGCUGGUGCUGCCCGACGAGGCCAUCUCCAUCCGCGGGCUCAGCAACGAGACGCUGCUCAUCACCUCGGCCCAGAAGAGCCAUUCCGGCGCCUACCAGUGCUUCGCCACCCGCAAGGCCCAGACCGCCCAGGACUUUGCCAUCAUUGCACUCGAGGACGGCACGCCCCGCAUCGUCUCGUCCUUCAGCGAGAAGGUGGUCAACCCCGGGGAGCAGUUCUCACUGAUGUGUGCGGCCAAGGGCGCCCCACCCCCCACAGUCACCUGGGCCCUCGACGACGAGCCCAUUGUGCGGGAUGGCAGCCACCGCACCAACCAGUACACCAUGUCGGACGGCACCACCGUCAGCCACAUGAACGUCACAGGCCCCCAGAUCCGCGACGGGGGCGUGUACCGGUGCACCGCGCGGAACUCGGUGGGCAGUGCUGAAUAUCAGGCGCGAAUAAACGUAAGAGGCCCCCCCAGCAUCCGGGCCAUGCGGAACAUCACAGCAGUCGCCGGGCGGGACACCCUUAUCAACUGCAGGGUCAUCGGCUAUCCCUACUACUCCAUCAAGUGGUACAAGGAUGCCCUGCUGCUGCCGGACAACCACCGCCAGGUGGUGUUUGAGAACGGGACCCUCAAGCUGACUGACGUGCAGAAAGGCAUGGACGAGGGGGAGUACCUGUGCAGCGUCCUCAUCCAGCCCCAGCUCUCCAUUAGCCAGAGCGUUCACGUGGCUGUCAAAGUGCCCCCUCUGAUCCAGCCCUUCGAGUUCCCACCCGCUUCCAUCGGCCAGCUGCUCUACAUUCCCUGUGUGGUGUCCACACACACACACACACACACACACACACACACGAAGGACGGCCAGGUGAUCAUCAUGGCACCACGGCAGCUCUGUGGCUCCCCUCAUUUCUUCAAAGGCCUAUUUGUCCAUAAAAGUCAGAUGUCCCUGGAGAGUUUGCUGGGAAGAACUUUGUCUGAGCAGGCCUUUAAAACUGGGGGAGAGAGAAACCCUGAGAAUACCCGGAAGGAAGGAGGAGAAAGGGCCAGCUGUCGAAAUGGAGCAGAGACACAGUGCGGGGGCGUCCCGGCCAUGAUUACUUCCCACCCCAACACCACCAUCGCCAUCAAGGGCCAUGCGAAGGAGCUGAACUGCACGGCACGGGGUGAGCGGCCCAUCAUCAUCCGCUGGGAGAAGGGGGACACGGUCAUCGAUCCUGACCGUGUCAUGCGGUACGCCAUCGCCACCAAAGACAAUGGUGAUGAGGUCGUCUCCACGCUGAAGCUCAAGCCCGCUGACCGUGGGGACUCUGUGUUCUUCAGCUGCCAUGCCAUCAACUCGUAUGGGGAGGACCGGGGCUUGAUCCAACUCACUGUACAAGAGCCCCCCGACCCCCCAGAGCUGGAGAUCCGGGAGGUGAAGGCCCGGAGCAUGAACCUGCGCUGGACCCAGCGAUUCGACGGGAACAGCAUCAUCACAGGCUUCGACAUCGAAUAUAAGAACAAAUCAGAUUCCUGGGACUUCAAGCAGUCCACACGCAACAUCUCCCCCACCAUCAACCAGGCCAACAUUGUGGACUUGCACCCAGCAUCCGUGUACAGCAUCCGCAUGUACUCCUUCAACAAGAUUGGCCGCAGUGAACCGAGCAAGGAACUCACCAUCAGCACCGAGGAGGCCGCUCCUGAUGGGCCCCCCAUGGACGUUACCUUGCAACCAGUGACUUCACAGAGCAUCCAGGUGACCUGGAAGGCACCCAAGAAGGAGCUGCAGAACGGUGUCAUCCGGGGCUACCAGAUCGGCUACAGAGAGAAUAGCCCCGGCAGCAACGGGCAGUACAGCAUCGUGGAGAUGAAGGCCACGGGGGACAGCGAGGUCUACACCCUGGACAACCUCAAGAAGUUCGCCCAGUAUGGGGUGGUGGUCCAGGCCUUCAAUCGGGCUGGCACGGGGCCCUCAUCCAGCGAGAUCAAUGCCACCACUCUGGAGGACGUGCCCAGCCAGCCCCCUGAGAACGUCCGGGCCCUGUCCAUCACUUCUGACGUGGCCGUCAUCUCCUGGUCGGAGCCCCCGCGCAGCACCCUCAAUGGCGUCCUCAAAGGCUAUCGGGUCAUCUUCUGGUCCCUCUACGUGGAUGGGGAGUGGGGCGAGAUGCAGAAUAUCACCACCACACGGGAGCGGGUGGAGCUGCGGGGCAUGGAGAAGUUCACCAACUACAGCGUCCAGGUGCUGGCCUACACCCAGGCUGGGGACGGCGUGCGCAGCAGCGUGCUCUACAUCCAGACCAAGGAGGACGUUCCAGGUCCCCCUGCUGGCAUCAAAGCUGUCCCUUCAUCAGCUAGCAGUGUGGUUGUGUCUUGGCUCCCCCCUACCAAGCCCAACGGGGUGAUCCGCAAGUACACCAUCUUCUGUUCCAGCCCCGGGUCUGGGCAGCCGGCUCCCAGCGAGUACGAGACGAGUCCAGAGCAGCUCUUCUACCGGAUCGCCCACCUAAACCGCGGUCAGCAGUAUCUGCUAUGGGUGGCCGCCGUCACCUCUGCCGGCCGGGGCAACAGCAGCGAGAAGGUGACCAUCGAGCCUGCUGGCAAGGCCCCAGCAAAAAUAAUCUCCUUUGGGGGCACCGUGACGACACCUUGGAUGAAAGAUGUUCGGCUGCCUUGCAAUUCAGUGGGAGAUCCAGCCCCUGCCGUGAAGUGGACCAAGGACAGUGAAGACUCAGCCAUUCCAGUGUCCAUGGACGGGCACCGGCUCAUCCACACCAACGGCACACUGUUGCUACGUGCAGUGAAGGCUGAGGACUCUGGCUACUACACCUGCACGGCCACCAACACCGGUGGCUUUGAUACCAUCAUCGUCAACCUUCUGGUGCAAGUUCCCCCGGACCAGCCACGCCUCACUGUCUCCAAAACCUCAGCUUCAUCCAUCACCCUGACCUGGAUUCCAGGUGACAAUGGGGGCAGCUCCAUUCGAGGCUUCGUGCUACAGUACUCAGUGGACAACAGCGAGGAGUGGAAGGACGUGUUCAUCAGCUCCAGCGAGCGCUCCUUCAAGCUGGAUAGCCUCAAGUGUGGCACAUGGUACAAGGUGAAGUUGGCAGCCAAGAACAGUGUGGGCUCUGGGCGCAUCAGCGAGAUCAUCGAGGCCAAGACCCACGGGCGGGAGCCCUCCUUCAGCAAAGACCAACACCUCUUCACCCACAUCAACUCCACGCAUGCUCGGCUUAACCUGCAGGGCUGGAACAACGGGGGCUGCCCUAUCACAGCCAUCAUUCUGGAGUAUCGGCCCAAGGGGACCUGGGCCUGGCAGGGCCUCCGGGCCAACAGCUCUGGGGAGGUGUUCCUGACGGAACUGCGAGAGGCCACAUGGUACGAGCUGCGCAUGAGGGCUUGUAACAGCGCUGGCUGCGGCAAUGAAACGGCCCAGUUCGCCACCCUGGACUACGAUGGCAGCACCAUUCCACCCAUCAAGUCUGCUCAAGGUGAAGGAGACGACGUGAAGAAGCUAUUCACCAUCGGCUGCCCUGUCAUCCUGGCCACACUGGGGGUGGCACUGCUCUUCAUUGUACGCAAGAAGAGGAAGGAGAAGCGGCUGAAGCGACUCCGAGAUGCAAAGAGUUUGGCAGAAAUGUUGAUAAGCAAGAACAAUAGAAGCUUUGACACCCCUGUGAAAGGGCCACCCCAGGGCCCACGGCUACACAUUGACAUCCCCAGGGUCCAGCUGCUCAUUGAGGACAAAGAAGGCAUCAAGCAGCUGGGAGAUGACAAGGCCACCAUCCCUGUGACAGAUGCUGAGUUCAGCCAAGCUGUCAACCCACAGAGUUUCUGUACUGGCGUCUCCUUGCACCACCCAGCCCUCAUCCAGAGCACAGGACCCCUCAUCGACAUGUCUGACAUCCGGCCAGGAACCAAUCCAGUAUCCAGGAAGAAUGUAAAGUCAGCCCACAGCACCCGGAACCGGUACUCAAGCCAGUGGACCCUGACCAAGUGCCAGGCCUCCACACCUGCUCGCACCCUCACCUCUGACUGGCGCACUGUGGGCUCCCAGCAUGGUGUCACCGUCACUGAGAGUGACAGCUACAGCGCCAGCCUGUCCCAGGACACAGACAAAGGAAGGAACAGCAUGGUGUCCACUGAGAGCGCCUCUUCCACCUACGAGGAGCUGGCCCGGGCCUACGAACAUGCCAAGCUGGAGGAGCAGCUGCAGCACGCCAAGUUUGAGAUCACCGAGUGCUUCAUCUCUGACAGUUCCUCUGACCAGAUGACCACAGGCACCAACGAGAACGCCGACAGCAUGACGUCCAUGAGCACACCCUCAGAGCCUGGCAUCUGCCGCUUUACUGCCUCACCACCCAAGCCCCAGGAUGCGGACCGGGGCAAAAACGUGGCUGUGCCCAUCCCUCACCGGGCCAACAAGAGUGACUACUGCAACCUGCCCCUGUAUGCCAAGUCAGAGGCCUUCUUUCGAAAGGCAGAUGGACGUGAGCCCUGCCCCGUGGUCCCACCCCGUGAGGCCUCCAUCCGGAACCUGGCUCGAACCUACCACACCCAGGCUCGCCACCUGACCCUGGACCCUGCCAGCAAGCCCUUGGGCCUCCCCCACCCAGGGGCCCCCGCUGCCGCCUCCACAGCCACCUUACCUCAGAGGACUCUGGCCAUGCCAGCACCCCCAGCCGGCACAGCCCCCCCAGCCCCCGGCCCCACCCCGGCUGAGCCCCCCACCGCCCCCAGUGCUGCCCCUCCGGCCCCCAGCACCGAGCCUCCACGAGCCGGGGGUCCACACACCAAAAUGGGGGGCUCCAGGGACUCGCUUCUCGAGAUGAGCACGUCGGGGGUAGGGAGGUCUCAGAAGCAGGGGGCCGGGGCCUACUCCAAAUCCUACACCCUGGUGUAGCGCUGGCAGGAAGAGCAGCCCACGCCUGGACCGUGCCGCGCCGCAGCCCCACACGCCAGCUCGGCUGUUUUUCUGCAUUAUUUAUAUUCAACUGACAGACAAAAACCAACCAACGACAAAACAAAAACCCCCAAUCAUGAACGCCUGUACAUAGAACUCUUUUGUACAAAUGAAACUAUUUUCUUCUUCUCCAUGAAGCCAGGGCACAAAGAAUUUGACAGUACAAGUCAAAUCCCCCACCCCACAAAAUAUGUGUGGAGAUAUAUAUACAUAUAUAGACAGAUAGGAACGCGUCCACAAGCUAUAUAUCUAUAUAUUUCUCUCACCCUAUUUUGAGACAGAGGCACAAAGACUCAGCAAUUUUUUUCCUUCCUCCUCACCCUCCCCCAAUCUAGGUGGUUUUGACAAAGACCAAAAUCCCAACUCAGAGACACUGCAUGCGAUUUUACUGUUCCAAGAAAACCAGGAGUUGCUUCAAUUUGCAGAUGCUUAUGUGUUAAUACCUUUUUCUAUGAAAAAAGACCCAGCGCCGUGUGCAAUAAAGGUUAUGUUUCUA